ACAGCGCUGGAUGGAGCUGUCACCCAGUCCUAGUGCUGAGCUGUGUACAGUACCACCAUGUUAUCAAUAUAACUAAUCUGUGUUUCCUUACAGUGCAAAUCGACAGGAACAAGAGACGGCGAAUGUUUGCCUACCAUCUAAGAGGGCUGUUUUAAUUGAGCGCAGCAAAUCAGUACGUUCGUCACGACCUUUAUAUUACUGGGAAAAUGAGAACGUGGGGCUUGCUUUUUAGUAACCUUUUUUUUUUUUUUUUUUCUUAAAUAUAAACUACAAAUGCAUUGCGCAAAUAUGCCACCGCCGUACGGGGUUCUGCACAAGCACCGUCUCCACAUUCUCUGCUUCGCUUUGCUUUGGAUGGGGCAAUGCAUUUUCGCCAAAUCGUCUCGUGUUUCAGAUUUAAAAACGCAGAUCUCAGGGAUGGAAGAGCUGCUUGAUGAAUUUCGCAAGCACCUCCAACAAGGUCAGGAAGAGAAGAGAUCGGAUGGGAUGGGGCCAGUGGAUGUGUGCUUGGACAGCUUCAAUGCCAUAGAGGACUACAUCAUCAGGGCGAAGGACUCCAUCGACUCGGGGGCCACCUUCCUGACAGCUCCUGGAAGAAUUUACAGCUGGAGAGACUGCCUGCAUGCCUGCUGUUCCGACCCUCGUUGCACAGUGGCUGUGGUAGAGCUGGAACGGGAGCGGUCGGAGGACAGUCUCAAUUGCUUUUUAUUCAACUGUACGUACAAAAACAGAAAUGUCUGCAAAUUCUCCUUGCAUCAGGGAUACAGCAGCUACAGUCUGGCUUCCAACAACACCCUCUACCCCGGUGACAAGGGCGCGGAUUCAGAUCUGAAUAAACAUACAGGUUCCAGGAAAGGGCCUCAUGUAAAUAGCCCAGUGGAUGAUGCGACACUACAAGUGAGUGAUGAGCCUCCUCGAAGUGAUGCUGGCCAGGAUGUGGUGCUCCAGCUACCUACAGACUGGGUUCUUCUGGAUGGCAGAGACAGUCUGGAUGAUCAGGCAAUUACCCGCUAUGAGUGGACUCUACUACAGGGUGACCCCUCUGUUGAUAUGAAGGCUCCUCAGCCUGGGAUAUUGAAGUUGACUGGCCUAAAAGAAGGGUCCUACCACUUCCAGCUGACAGUCACAGACACUGCGGGUCAGAAGAGCUCAGACAACGUUACAGUCACUGUUCUCCAAUCAGAUCACAAAGCACCAGUCUGUCCAGGGCUCUGCUCCCGCUACCAGUUCAUGUGUGAUGAUGGCUGCUGUGUGGAUAUCACCUUUGCAUGCGAUGGAAAAAAGCAGUGUCUCGACGGGUCAGACGAAGCCUUCUGCCAAAGCAUUGAAGGGACUAAAGGAAGCCGCAAGUAUGUUACCCACUCCUCCGAGAGGGUCAACCAGAUGAAGACUAUGAUCCUGACAGAGGGGAGUGAAUACAGGACCACUGCCGAAGACCCAAGGAAGACAACAAUGGAAAAACUGCAACCAUCCUUACAUACAUACAACAGGGAAGAAGCCAAUCCCCCAUUAACUCAGGGAAAGACUACACAAAGCAACAAACAUGUUACAGAGUACUGUCUGGCGCCCCCUGCUGCUGGCCCUUGCAAAGGUAUCUUUCCUCGCUGGUUCUUUGAUGCUUCCACAGGGACUUGCAAGCACUUCAUCUAUGGUGGCUGCAAAGGCAAUGGAAACAACUUCCUACAGGAAGCAGACUGCGUCAAUGAAUGUGUAAAGAAACAAGACAAAGACCCACCACACAAUUCUACUGAUCCUCCCUCCAGCUUAAACAAUGAGCCUGCUGAUGCUCCACAAGAGAAAGAUUCAGUGGAUAAAGGUGAAGCUGGAGGUGGACACCCAGUCCCAGAGUCAGGUGCUGUACUGCCUCUUGCUCUGGGCCUGGCCAUUACCGCCCUGCUCCUGCUAAUGGUCGUCUGCCGCUUACGCCUUGUGAGAAAGAAGCUGAAGAAAGUGCAACCUAUAACAUCGGAGGAGUCAGACUACCUCAUCAAUGGCAUGUACUUGUAGCUGCAAACACAGAGGUUCCGGCGGAAUUGGAAGGACCCAAAAACAACUUUGUUUAGCUUGAGCCAACAAUAUGUAUAUUAUACUGUACAGCAGAGUGGGUAUAUUCUUGUGUUUGAGGCUUAGUGAACAUGUGAAGAAGCACCCAGAAUUAUGUAGUUUUUCAUAAAAUAAAAUGGAACCCUACAAAAAGAAACAGUUUAAACAACCCUUGACCAUUUUUGAGAUUUGUCCAUAUAACCAAUAAAAGGUCAUCUGCAUAGCCUCCUGCCUCUUGUGCACCACCUUAUGUACAGAUUAAUGAGAGAAUGCAUCAGUUAGUUGUUUGAAAGGGACCAGUAUGCAGUGGAGGUGUAGGAUAUAAUUCCAGAAGUAUAUGGGUUAAACGCUCUGUGUCAUAUCACUCCCUAUUGGUUUAACUAGUUAAUAGCCACCUACCAGCACAGUCAGUGUUGUUUAGACUAAAGCCCAAGGAAAAUAUAUAAGAAAAUCCUAGUGUUUAAUGGAGAUCUGAAAUUAGGUUUACAACAAUGAAGUCAAAUUUUCCUUAAAAUUAAAAUUUAUUUAAAAUGGCAGUGCAUUUUUUAAAAAAAAACUACAGCUAUAAAUAAUAAUUUUAAAAAAGCAAUCAAAAUAAACUAUUGAUGUAUAUAUGUAUUAUUAAGGCACCUUAUAUAUGUAUCUUAAUAGGUCAGCAACCAACUGCUGUUUACUAUGGCAAGUAUGGACAUGUCCUACCUGUUCCCAUAGCCCCAGUUCAGAUUUUUAGAAUGGGUUUGUUCUGUAUUGUUAAUGUUGUGAUAAUCCAGUAACAUUCUAAUUACUGUUUUUACUCAUUGCUGGUUAUUUAGCAGAUGUCAUACUAUGCUCAGUGACUCCCUGUAAAACUUGAGUAGGUAUUAGCUUACUAGUGCUCUACACAAAGCCUUUGUUUGUGUUUAUGGUGUGGCCAUUUCUUUUUUUUUUAUUUGUUCAACUUACAAACCAAUAUUAAAUAAAUCCAAAGCACUGAAUUCAAUGAUAUAGUCAGUUUUCUCCUCCCUGCUACAUGGGUUCCAAAAUGGAAGCUAAGAAUUCGGAUAUGGCUGGUACAAAACACUUGUGCUACUGUAAAGCCUUCUAUUUACCACAUAUUCUUAAAGUCUUAACCUAACCAGAAAACCUGCUCUGCAGUUUAACAUCUUUUAGAAAAGCUUAGGAAUGUACUACACUCAGCAGUCAGGCAGAAAUAUAUGUGCUAAUUUAAUCUGAUCCAGAAGAUGGUGCUAUUGUGUAACAAUGUAUAUUUAUUGCAUGUAAGUGAUGUACUAUUUGGUGCAUACCAGUGUGACAUUGUAAAAAUAUGGUGUUUUAAUUGAAGGUACAGGGAACUGUAUGCUUUAACAACUUUCAUUUUCAGGAAGAUCAACCCACAGCAAUCAUUGUGUUUAUCCUCUAGCAAUAGAAAACAAAUACAAAAUAUAGUCAACUCUCAUUAAUACGAAUUGCAAGGGACCAGCGAAAAAGGUCUUUUCACUGAUCAGUAAUUCUUAUUAUCAGGAGUUUUUAUUGAAGUUACAUUGAAAUCAAAUUUCAAUUACAGUACAAUGAAAAGUAUUAUAAAUGUAAAAGUACUGUGCAUUUUAUUGAAAAUACGGUUCUAAGUGAAAGUGUAAGUGAAAAAGUAUACAUUUGCAACUUGAUAUCUGCAUGUCCCAUUCUAAUCACAGGCAUUUUGAAACCACAAAAGCAAGGGAUCCUCAACAUCAGGGUAUUCAGCAAAUCUGAAAUGCUGUCAACUUGCAUCCACAAUUUUGCUGUUCAUAGGCCUGUAUUACUGUAUCCCAGUUUUUCAGAAUGGUUGAGGAAGUGUUUGCGGGAACGUUGAAAUCUGCAGCAACAUCUUUCCUUUUUUGUACGGUGGUGCAAUUCAACACCUCCACUUUUGUCUGCAAGGAUAAUCCACAUUUUUAGCACUGGUCACUCAUUUCUGUGCUUCAUAGAAAUGGAAUUGAUGUGCAAGCACUAUGGCAACUCAAAAUGCAUCAUAGGAUCAGUAGUACCAAAAUAGCACUAAAAUAGAGUAUAUUAUUAUUUGUUUAUUUAGCAGAUGCCUUUAUCCAAGGCGACUUACAGAGACUAGGGUGUAUAAACUAUGCAUCAGCUGCAGAGUCACUUACAACUACGUCUCACCUGAAAGACGGAGCACAAGGAGGUUAAGUGACUUGCUCAAGGUCACACAAUGAGUCAGUGGCUGAGGUGGGAUUUGAACCGGGGACCUCCUGGUUAUAAGCCCAUUUCUUUAACCACUGGACCGCACAGCCUCCUGGUGCAACUUAAAACAUUUCCCAUAUUACACACAUUGAACUAGGGCAAUUUGUAAUUUACAAUAAGCAACUGCUAAAUUUGUUCGGGACCAUAUAGAAAAUUCAUAGUAUCAGGAAAUUUGUUUAAUCCAAGUUUGUCUUAAUGAGCAUUGACUGUGUAUAUGAAACACAUUUGGGGAAUUAAUUCUGAGACUAUAUUUUCAUCAUUCCUCUUCCAUUGCAAUCAUAUCUGUAAUGAUUUUCUGAGCCAAAUGUAAUACUCUAGAGACCAAACAAGCGGUAAAACAAAAAGUGGAAAUCAAGAUGAUCGUUCAGUCUCGUAUCUAAACUCUCCCAGGGUUUGUAGGCUUGAAGGGUGCAGAAGCCUUGGUACACAAGACAGUGGACAGUAUACUGUCAAAGCGCCAUAUUGCCAAUUGACUUCCAGGUACUCGCUCGCAUCCAGGUCCACUAGGAUUGGACGUUUACCAGCUGAGAUCCAAUAACUAGAGCACUGCAUAAACAAUUGACUGGACGUUUCGCCCCCCAAUUUGUCAAAUAAUGUUAUUUUCAGAAUUGUGAUUGAAAUGAUUGUUAAACAACAUAAAGCUUUUUAAGUGUUGCAUGUUGACCAUCUCUGAACUGUAUGCCCCUAUAUAUACAAACCUAAAAUCAAGUGAGCUUUCAGAUAAAGUUGGUAGUACAUGUGACAAAACAUGGUAGACUGCCAAGUUAAAAGAAGCUGCAGGCAGCCAACAGUUAAAACGCAAGGCAAAAAUUGUGGGGGGGGGGGGCUCUUGAACAUGCAGUUACUACUGCGUUUGAUGAAUCAUUAUUUUUACAUUAUUAGGUAUCCUUGUUCUGGGAUCUCCUGCAGCAUUCAUAGAAAAAAGAAAAAAAAACUCUAGGGAUUUAUUCUGUCAUUAUUCUAACAAACCUGCCAAAAUAAAAACAAAAUAAGAGUUAUACACUCUUUCACUUUGGUACGAAUACAAAAUGAGAAAUACUGUGGUACUCAAAGUCUAUUUGAAACUGUGGCAGGUACUUUCAUACAUCACAUAAGGGUCAAGAUCUUUGUCGUACCUUUUGGUUGCGUAGGGCAUGACAAAGGUCUGUCUAACACACCGAAGACAAUUAUUAGCAGAUGUGUUUCACCUCCUUGCAAUACAAAUUUUCAUAAUUCCUCUUCCAUUGCAAUCAUAUUAAAAAAAAAAAACAUUAUAUAUAUAUAUAUAUAUACAGUACUGUGCAAAAGUUUUAGGCAGGUGUGAAAAAAUGCUGUAAAGUAAGAAUGCUUUCAAAAAUAGACAUGUUAAUAGUUUAUAUUUAUCAAUUAACAAAAU